GUAUUUUACUAUUUUUUAUUAGUACGUCAAGUGUUAAAUAUUUAUUCUUCCGUAUUUUUCUAUUAAUUAAUCAUUACAAUGGAAAACAUCGCAUCAACUUCCCAAAAUGGCGAUGAUUCAAGAGUUGCAAUCAAAAAACGCAAAGUUGAUCACAAAGUCGAAGGUUCGAUUGUUAAAGUGGUACUUAAGAAUUUCAUGACUUUUACUGAUGUUGUGUAUACUCCACAUUCAAAACUGAAUUUAAUAAUUGGACCCAAUGGAUCUGGAAAAUCGUCGAUUGUUACAGCUCUCAUACUGGGAUUUGGUGGUAAUCCAAAGGACAUUAAUAGAGGAGACAAAGUUAGUCAAUUUGUAAAACUAGGUAAAUCUGCAGCAGAGAUUUCUAUAGAACUUUAUAAGAGAUCAGAUCAAAAUGUGAAUUUAAAAAGGACAAUAUAUGCCAGCAAUGAUACUUGUAACUAUUAUGUCAACAAUGCCUUAGUCACAAAAAAAAAAUACACUGAUGUUGUUGAGAGCUUUAAUAUAAAAGUGCAUAACUUAUGUCAGUUUUUACCACAAGACAGAUUAGAAGAUUUUUCAAAAUUAGAUUCUAAAGGUUUAUUGAUUAAUGCUUUACAAAGUAUUGAAAAUAAAGACUUAUUGAACAAUUUCGAAAAGUUAAAAUCUCUUGCUAGUAGCAUGACUACAUAUGAUGUCGAUAAAAAGAAUUUACAAGAUAGAAUUAAAUCAGAGGUUGCUGUAAAUCUAAAGCUAGAAACAAUUGUCAGUACAUUCACCGAAAAAAAAUCAUUAGAAGAACAAUUAUUAGUUGUGAUACAGAAGAGAUGUUGGACCUUAUAUGUAUUGGCUUGGCAACAGAUUUCUGGUGAAAAAAAAAAAUUUGAAGAAUCAAAGAAGCAUAAUAAUGUUGCCUUGAGUCUUAUCAAUCAACAAAGAGAAAAAAUAAAAAAUAAAAAAUUAGGGGAAAAUAAUUUGAAAAAUGUCAUUCUUCAGAAUGCAAAUGCAGUAAUUAAGUUAGUAGAAAAACUUAAUAAUCAAGUCGGAGCUGUUGAAUGCCAUUUAUCUGAUAUAAAUGAAUUUAAAAAAAAUGUUAAAAAAAGGUCAAUAAAAGUUGAAGACCUUACAGAGUCCAUAUCAUCUAUAGAAGAGAAGUUACAGAGUAUAAAAAAUGAAACAUUAAAUGUUGAAGAGUGUAAAAUGGAACUUACCGAAAUAAAUAAAAACAUCAAAAAUAUUGAAUUAAAUAUUUAUCCUAUGAGGAGUAACUUAGAGAGUGUUAAAAACAAAUUGAAAGGUCUAACUGAAAAAAUGUAUGCUAUCGAUCAAGAACUUGAACGUGAAAAAAGAAAAGAAGAUGGCAAAAAUCAAUUACUGCAAAGAAAGUUUCCAGAAAUAUGGAAAGCAAUAAAAUGGCUAAGAAACUGUGACAAGUUAACAAUUUUUCGUGGACAAGUAUUUGAACCAUUAUUCACUCAGAUUGAACUUCAUGACCAAAAAAAUGCUAAGUAUAUAGAAAACAUUAUCAAUUAUCGUGAUAUGAUUGCAUUUGUUUUUGAGUAUGGAGAAGAUAUGACAAUAUUUAAUAAAAUAGUAAAACAAGAACAUUGGAAAAAAAUAAAUUCAAUCUCAGCUCCUCCUGCCCAUAUUAACAUUAAUGAGCUACCAAAUUAUGAUAUAAAUAGUUUAAGACAAUUUGGAUUCUAUACGUAUGCAUUAGAUAUGAUACAAGCUCCAUCUGUUAUACGGAGAUAUCUAGCUAAAAAUUAUGACAUGCAAAAUAUACCUAUUGGUUCCAAGGAAGUUAUUAAUAAUCUGCAGAGGUUACCCAGUAAUAUUGGGUUCUUUUUUGCAGGUAACGAUCAAGUUCAUAUAAAAACUUCAAACUAUACAGGAGAAAAAAUCACACGACAAACACAAAUAUCAAAUGAGUCACAAUUUUUGCUAUUUUCUGUAGACUCAAAUUUGAUUAAAUCGCUUACUGUCAAGAAAGAAGAAGUUAGAGUAAAUUGUGAACAUUUUGAAAAACAACAAAUUGAAUUAAAUAAUCAGCUCAGAAUCACUGAAGACAGUCGUCAGCCUUUUAUUGCUAGGAAAAAAGAAAUACAAGGAAAUUUUAUGAAAUUUCAAAAUAGACAACAAGCUUAUGAUAAAAUAAUAAAAGAUGUGGAGUUUAAAAAAUGUGAACUUAAAACAGAAAAAGAAAUGUUGAUUAAAUUAUCAAGCCAAAAUUUGCAAUUAAUCAAUAAGUAUUUUGAUUCAAUGAAUGGAGUUAUUGAGACGAUGGACAAUUAUUCAAUAAGCAUAAAUGAUUUGAUUGCUUCAACUUCUAUUGUUAGAAAUUGUUGCGUUGAUAUGAAAGAAGAAAACAAAGUUUUAAAGCAAUUAAAAAAACUCUAUGAAACUAACUUGAACAAUUUCAAUGUUUACCUGAAGUACAUACAAAAGUUGGAAUCAGAAUUCAAGAAAAUAUUAGAUGUUGCUUUACAUUGGUCUAGAGGAUUGUCUCCAUAUGAUAAAACUUUAUUUUUAACCAUGAAGAGAAAAUUAGACGCUAUAGAACAGGAAGACAUUGACGAUUUAGAUGAAUUAAUUGUUGAGAAAAAAGCCAAACUCAACUGCCUUCACACUGAUCAAAAUGCUCCUCAAUUAAUAACAGAAUACAAGGAACGUAAAAUAAAAAUAAAAAAUCUAGAAAAGACAUUGGAAAAUUUAAAUCAGAGUGCUCAUACCAAAGAAUAUGAAAUUGAAAGAUUAUACUCUGAAUGGUUUCCAAAAAUACAAGAACUUAAAAAUUUAUUAUGUGUUAAUUUCCAAAAGUUUCUCUUAUCGUUUGGUUGUAGUGGUGUAAUUGAAUUAGACGUUGGUGUGACGAGGUACGAUUUUCAAGCAUAUGGGCUAUUGAUAAAGGUGCAAUUUCGGAAUGAUAUUCCUUCGUUGAGACUAUUAGACGCCAAAUGCCAAAGUGGUGGUGAACGUGCACUGACAACAGCGAUAUUUUUGUUGUGUCUCCAAGAAGUUACACAUUUUCCAUUUAGAAUUGUUGAUGAAAUUAAUCAGGGCAUGGAUAAAGUCUAUGAAAGGAAAUUGAUGGAAUUGUUCAUGGAGUUAUUUGAAGAUAGGCACAAUCAGUAUUUUGUAGUUACACCAAAGUUGAUCACGAAUCUCACAUUUAAAAAUACUACAGUGGAUAUUAUAUUUUGUAUCGAUAAAUAAAGAAUUGAACAUGACCAUUGGAAACUUUUUUUUAUCCUAUCACUUAAACGAAUGACUCAAUAUUAUAUCAAAUUUUGUAAGUUCUUUUACUAUUAAAUAUUAAGAUUAU